GGUUGCUUCUCAUGACAAACUGACACCGGCCGGAACUUACAUCGAAUUUCCGUCAGACUGCAAAACUACUAUCUUUUGACUUUACACUGCCGAUUUAGACGGAGGAGCUGGCUUCUUGCUUUCGAAAUGUCAAUAUAUUAAAGGGCUACUCAGACAGUAUAGCCAGCUUUCUUUACAGACCUGCAUACAGACAGCUGUCGGGCAACACCAUUCACAACACUGGAGCAACGAUGGAAAGUUGUCCCAUCGAGGAUGCCCCACUGUUUACAUUCGGAGUGAUCGCCGACAUUCAAUACGCGGACAUCGACGACGGAUUUAACUACACCCGCACAAAGAGACGCUACUACAGAAGCAGCCUCCAGCUGCUCAUGAACGCCCGUGAAAGUUGGUCGAGAUCCGCUGUUAAACCCAGCUUCAUCCUCCAGCUGGGGGACAUCAUUGACGGCUUCAACAAGCAGCAUGACUCGUCAGACCAGGCCCUGGACACCGUGAUGAGGGAGCUGAGCACCUGUCCUGCCCAGGUCCACCACGUAUGGGGAAAUCACGAGUUUUACAAUUUCAGCAGGGACACGCUGAUGAAGUCCAAGCUGAACAGUUCGCCUCCCUGUGACAGCGGAGGUGGGGGACCCGACACAGGCGACAUCUAUGCCUACCAUUUCAACCCGACUCCUAAGUUCAAAAUUGUGGUGCUGGAUGCUUAUGAUGUGAGUGUUCUGGGAAGGACUGUGUCCAGUGUGCAAUAUAACAAUGCACUGAAUAUUUUAAAAGAGCACAACAGCAACGAGGACCUCAACCAUCCCCCAGCCGAGGAAGGAAUUAAGCGUAAAUUUGUAAAGUUCAACGGAGGGUUCAGUAGAGACCAACUGAACUGGCUGGAUGGAGUGCUGUCGCUGUCCGACAAGAACGAGGAAAGAGUCCUCAUCGUCAGCCACCUCCCAGUGCACCCUCUCUCCACCGAGCCCAUCUGCCUGGCCUGGAACUCUGAGGACGUCCUGGCGCUGAUCGGGGCCCACGGCUGCGUGGUGUGUUUCAUGGCGGGCCACGACCACAACGGGGGCUACCACCACGACCGGGACUCCGGCGUGCACCACCUCACCCUGGAGGGGGUGAUCGAGACGCCCCCGGACAGCGACGCCUCCGGGACGGUCUGGGUGUACGAGGACAGAAUGUUCCUGAAGGGGAGUGGACGGACGGCGGACAGGCUACUGUUGUUUACGUGGCCGCCGGACGAAACGCAGAUCAUGUGAGACUCUGUGGGAAGAGGUCCACAAGACAAAGAUGCUUUCAUAACAUAGAUUUUAUUUUGAUUUAUUGAUAAUAUAUACCAGGAAUGGAGUGGCGCACGUUCGGUCGUGUGCUAUGAUCGCCGAAAGGAGAGUCAAGGUGCUGCUUUGUGAAUUUGUUUGAACUGAUAUGCAAGGCUACAUCCUUUAUUUAUAUUUAUUGUGUUUUGAAACAUUCAAUCUUGGGUGACUUGAACAAUCUUGAAUGUGAAACAAUUUGAGUUAUUAGAUUGUGCAAUUGAUUUUCAAUGCAUAUAAUAAAGAGGCAACACUA